AUGCUUGCAGACGGCAGACCCUUCACCCAUGAAGACCACUCGGAGGCUCACAAGGUGCUCCGAGGCUACAUUGGCAACAAGGCCAAGCACCACGCCCAGCCCGACGCUGAGACUGUUCCUGGUGUUCUCCACCCCGGUGCCACUGGUGUCAUCUACUGCACCGACCGUGCGCAGGCCAAUGGCUUCGCCUAUGGCAAGCCCGAGUGGGCCAACAUGGGACAGGGAGCGCCGGAGACGGGUCCACUCCCCGGGGCGUCUCCUCGUCCCACUGGCAUCGAGUUUACCGACGAUCUGAUCCAUGAAUACGCGCCGACGGUCGGCGUCAAGGAGCUCCGCGAGGCGGUGGCUAACCUCUACAACCACGAGUACCGCCAGGGCAAGGAGUCGCAGUACACCUACGAGAACGUCUGCAUCGUCCCCGGUGGACGGGCUGGCAUGUCCCGUAUUGCUGCCGUGAUUGGCGAUGUAUACUGCGGAUACCAGAUUCCCGAGUACACCACGUACAGCGAGGUCCUCUCAGUCUUCAAGCGCCUCAUCCCUGUCCCUACUGCGCUCAGCCCCGAGGACAAGUACAAGCUUCACAUGAAGGAGCUGGAAAAGUCCAUCAACCUCCUCAGCCUCAGCGUCAUCAUCGCCUCGAACCCUCGCAACCCCACUGGUCAGUGUAUCGAGGGCGACGACCUCAAGGAGCUCGUCAAGCUAGGCACCAAGAACACCACCAUUGUACUGGACGAGUUCUACUCGUGGUAUCAGUACUGGGACGACGAGUCGAGGACCGGCGAGAGCCUCAGUGGUGCCGCCUACGUUGACGACGUGAACACGGACUCGGUCGUCAUCAUUGACGGUCUUACCAAGGGCUUCCGUCUCCCCGGCUGGCGUGUCUGCUGGGUCAUCGGUCCCAAGGACCUCGUCUCUGCCAUCUCGCAGUCGGGCAGUUUCCUGGAUGGAGGAGCGAGCCACCCCCUCCAGGUCGCCGCCAUCCCCCUCCUCGAGCCCUCACGCGUGCUCCAGGACAAGAUUGCCCUCCAGAAGGUUUUCCGGGCCAAGCGCGACCACAUGCUGGAGCGCCUCGCCAAGAUGGGUCUCCCGGUGACAGUCCCUCCUACGGCUACCUUCUACAUCUGGCUCGACCUCUCGCCUCUCGAACCUCCUCUCAACAACGGCCUCACGUUCUUUGAGGAGCUGCUCAAGGAGAAGGCCAUUUGUGUCCCCGGUCUCUUCUUCGAUGUCAACCCGGCACACCGUCGUAACCUCUUCGACUCCCCGUGCCACCACUUUGUCCGCCUCUCCUUUGGUCCUGCGAUGGAGACCCUCGACCUUGGUCUCGACGCCAUUGAACGCGUGCUCAGCAAGCACAAGGAGAGCCGUCACCUCGUUGGCACAGAUUACGUCCCCGUCCCCGCCAAGCACACGCCCGGAACCGAUCAUGGCCACUUCUAA